UCGGUUACACGUUUGACUUCUUCAAAAACGCAGAAAGCGAAUAGUAGGAGAAAAUCAUCAUUUGGAAAACAUUUUUUCGGAAAAUAUCAACGUCUACACACGACCGUCAUUUUGAUAAUAUUCAUUUCAUUCAUGAAAGUAAACAAUUUUCGAAUGAAUAUACAGUGACUGCUGAAACUUAUCGAUUAAGAAAAACUUCAGUGGUAGAGUGAGUUCGUUUAGAAUACAAAAUAUUGCCAUACACAAUGACGAAAAUACGUUUCAAAUAAUUCAAUAUGUUCCGGUGUUGUGUAGUGAUACACUUAUGUAUAUGAGUAAAUUCAGAUUUCAUUUGUGUUGCCUUUUUAUCACUCUCAUUCUUCCUUUCAAAAUAACUCAAAAAUGGGUACGAACUUGAUCAAUUCAAUCCAGCAUCGAAAUGGACCUAAUCAACGGCCACCCAACAGUAUAUUUGGAAAUUCUGGAUCGAAUCAGAAACUACUUUCGAAUCAUUUGAUAUGCGGAUUCUUGGGUGCAGUUUCAUGUGGUUUUGCACUUAUCACGUACAUUAAUUACUCUCUGAAGCAUGAGAAUUCAACUGGAAUGAAAAUUUUGGCUAUUCUUAGUGUAUCCGUUUUUGUGAUAAUAUUAUUGAUGGCAUGUAUGCUCUUAAUGUGCCGAAAAAAGGAAAAACGGGUUAUAGUGGUAUAUGUAGAACCGUCCCAUUCUGAUUAUACGACGGAUAAUUUGAUAUUAGCAGAGCCAUCAACCGUAGACACGCUAGAGAACCCGCCUUCCUAUGAUCAUGCAAUCAAAAUGCCAUCGACGAACAGAAAGCCGUCACAAGCCUUACCUCCGUCAUAUGACAACUUAGAAUUGGCGUGAUAGAAAUUUGUUUCAACUCAAUAAAUGACCCAAAACAGUGAUUUUCAGAUCACCAAACGAGAAGUUGGUUUUAGAAAAGUAAACUUUUCGACGAAUUUUUACACAGUGGAACUUUUGUAAAUGUUUUUUUUUUUAAUUAAUUAUUGUAAGCUUUAAUUCGAGGUAGCGUAACCUCUUAAUAAAACCAAUCCAAUUAUUGAAUGUU